UUGGAGGCGGCGGCGGGCGGCCGGGCCGCGCCGGGCGGGGACAGCGCCCCACCGGAGCCCGCCGCCGCUCCGGCCGCACGGGGGCUGGGCGGCCCCGGCGCUCCCCCAGGGCCCGGGCUGGGCGUGCGGCCCCGCGGCGGCCCCUCCGCUGCCGCCGCCAGCUCGGCCAUGGCGGAGCCGCUCAGCGCCGCCGCGCCGCCAUCACCGCCCCGCUUCCGGCAGCGCCGAGCAGGGACGGGAACGACGCUUUCCGGUAGGGCCGAGCCCGGGUUGGGCAGCGGGGACGGGGCUUCCGGCGCUGCUCGGUGGCGGUCAGUGAAGUGGGGAAGCAUGGCGGGGCGCAGAGCUGCCAUCAAGGCCAUCGACUGGGCGGCCUUCGCCGAGAGGGUGCCCCCCAACCAGAAGGCCAUGUUCAACGCCCUGAAGACCCGCAGCGACGCGCUGUCGGCCCGGCUGGCUGCCCUGCCAGAGAAGCCCCCUGCCAUCGACUGGGCCUACUACAAGACUGCUGUUGCUAAAGCAGGCAUGGUGGAUGAGUUUCAGAGAAAGUUCAGUGCACUAAAGAUUCCUGAGCCAGUGGAUACACAGACUGCCAAAAUUGAUGCCCAAGAGCAGGAAGCUGCAAAGAGCACUGCGGAAUACGUGCAGGCUUCCAAAGCUCGUAUUGCCCAGUACGAGCAAGAGCUCCAGAAGCUCAAAAGCAUGAUCCCCUUUGAACAGAUGACGCUUGAAGACUUGCACGAAGCCUUCCCUGAAACCAGACUGGACAAGGAGAAAUACCCGUACUGGCCCUACAAACCAAUAGCUGAUCUGUAAACUUGUCCAGAAGCAGUUUGUCUAGUGACUGUCAGACUCUAUGAUCAUCUAAAUAAAGUACUUUCCCUCCUGUCUGUGCCUUAGAUCUUAGACAUGAGGUUGCCAGGUGUUGAGGAAUGUGGGACAAUACAUGAACUUGCAAA